AUGGCAAGAAGUCAAUCUCCUAUUGUUGUUCUACAGCAAAACAAGGUUCCCUUGGACAAGGCAGAAGUCACUGUCCUCAGGGUCCAUCUAGAGGACUGGAAGUCUGUCAAAGGAAAGGAGCGGGCGAGGGAAUGGUUGCAAAACCACUCUCACCAGAAACCAUCUUCCAAGCCCCUCAUCAAGUAUGGCAGGACUUGGACUGCCCGAAAAGUCUUGAUUCACACCCAUAAGGCCCUCAUCCAAGAGGAGACGGGAGAAAUGGCUGGAAGUGGAGAGAUGAUCAGCAAGUGGCCAAAGGCUGCAAAGACUGUGAUUAACCAGUUGUCAGCGGAGGAGAAGGAGGAAGCCCAAGCAAUGGCAGAUAAGUGGAAUAAUGAGGCAGCACCACCCGAGGUUCAGGCCCAUGUUGCCAAGACCAAAGGAGCUGACAUGAUUGAGCAUUUUGCCACCGAAAUGUUCAAGAAAGCCGGAAUGAGAGUCUUUGUGCUAUCCACAUGGAAGGACGGCAAAGGCAAGUUAAUGCUGGGAGGCCAUGACUUCAAUGAGCAGUUUGCUAACAGCGAAAGCUUUAUGAAGACUAGGGAUUGGGAGGGCGUUUUCAUGCCGGAGUGGCAGGAAUAUGUGGGGGAGCAAUUUGAUGCUGAAGAUGGCGAGGAACCUCAGAUGGUGAAGUCCAAGAAACGAGUCCCCCGAAAGCUCAUCAAACUUGAAGAAGAUGCCAACGGGUGGCCUAUUCUACCGGACACAAAGGGGUGGAAAUGCGCCGAUCAACACCACAUGAUCCGAUCCUUCUUGACAACACUCUAUAGAAUGUGUGGCGGCAAAGAUAACAUCAAGGCAUUGGUACCCUGGGGGGAUGUCAUACAUAGCCAAUCAGCAUUCUUUCAAAGCACACAAUGGCCCACCGGCGUGCAGUUCAAGGAACCUUCAAAGAUGGACAAAGCGGAUGCCACUGCUGUGCUGGAUUUCUGGUUUGACCGACAGCAGCACAACAUCCGACCAGCCUUCUCAUUCAAGGCCUGGAAAGAUGCCGACAGCGAGAUGCAUGUAGCAGCCGUGUCUCCCAGCGCAACCCGGCGGACUGCUGGCAAUGACCACCAAGAUGCCCAGUGCAGUAAUUCUGACAAGCACGACGAUGGUGGGUUAUCAGGUGCAAUUGAUCUGGGAGCACAAUCCACCGGUGAGGAGGAAGAGAUUUCUCUAGGUCGCCAAUAUACACCAACACCCAGAACAAACUCUAAUUCUGCUGAGGUAGGGAAUCCCAUGAAAGCGAAGGGUGCAACCUCGCGCCGGAAUGUGUCAAACACUUUGGCUGAUAUUGGCGACACCGUGAAUGUUGCAAUACUCAAUGGUUCUGGCAAUGCAAGGCAGCCUGACCAAUCACAGAAGACCUUGAAGGAAGCAGUGGCCGCAGGGACAUGUACAAGAAGCAAGGCGGCAGCAAACAUUUCAAAUGAGCGCCCCAAGGGAUUGAAGCAGCACGCCGCCGAUCCUGUGAGCGACACUCCGGCAAAGAGAACUAGGAGUAAGGCUACUGCACUUGCAGCUUCCAAGAGUAAGCGCAAGUAG